CUUGUCAUUGUCUACCUUCCUCCUCACUCUCAGUUUCAGAAUGUCAUUAACGAAAAUGCCACUUUGAAAAAGUGCCUGGAACUGCUGUUGACAAAGCAUCAAAGUAUUGAGGAAGAACGUGAGAAAGGAGAGAAGGAGGAGAGGGGAGAGAAGGAGGAGAGGGGAGAGAAGGAGGAGAGGGGAGAGAAGGAGGAGAGGGGAGAGAAGGAGGAGAGGGGAGAGAAGGAGAAGAGGGGAGAGAAGGAUGAGAGGGGAGAGAAGGAGAAGAGGGGACAGAAGGAUGAGAGGGGAGAGAGGGGAGUCCAAGGUUCUGAGUCCUCCAGAGGAGAAGGGGAGGGUACUGCCCGGAGAGGGUUGGACAGUGAGAGGGGAGUCAACAUCAUCAGAACCCAAAGAGAAGCUGGAGUUGGGGCAGAGUUGCUCCAUCCUGAAGCGAGAGAGGUGCAACUAGACGAUCAGGUUCUGAAACCUAAAAAGAGAGAAGAAGAAGGUGAGAAGGAGAUCGGGAGAGAAAGAGAGAUACAACAUGUAAAAAAUGACAAGGAAGAAGAUCUUGGGAAGGCAGACAUUAACCAGGAAGAGAUAGAAGACCCCAACCCAGCCACUGAAGAAGAGAAACUGCCAAAAACAAAGUAUGGAGAAGAGAAGGAAAAGUCAGUGGAAAAAGCCGUGUGUUUGUUCCCUGGGCCUGACGUGGAGCGCCUGGCCUCUGAGCUCCAGCAGGCCCUGGAGCAGGCUGACAGGCAGGCGUCUGUAGCCCAGGACCUGCGCUCCAAGCUGGGGGAACAGAGCAGGAAAGCCUGGGAGGCUGAGCAGAGACUGGUGCUACUGGAGGCCGAGGGCCAGAGGCUGAGGAAGGCUACAGAGAGCCUGGCGGAGGCCAAGAGACAGAUAGAGGUGCUGCAGGCAGUGCGCCUGCAGAUGGAAGAGGAGCUAUGUCGUCUGCGGAGCCAGGCUGAGCUACAACGGAUGCAGGCCUCGGUUAUCGCUACUCUGGAGGGGGAGCGAGCCACGCUGGAGAGAGAGAGAGAGACCCUCCGUAGCUCUGUGGACACCCUACGUACUGCCCAACGCAAGGGUGACCAAUUGGAGCUGACGACCCAAGCCCUGAGGACGGAGCUAGAGCACCAGGGGAGGAGUCUGGAAUCAUCAAGGCGCAAUGAGGAGGAGUUAGAGGCAGAGCUUCGUGAGGUAGCACUAGAGGUAGAGUCUCUGACCCGGGGGCGGAACCAGGCUCUGCUGGAGGCCUCGCGAUUGGAGCAGGAGAAGGAGGUGUGUCAGGGAGAACUGGACAGCCAACGGAAGGAGCAGAGGCAGAGGGAGAGGGAGGCGGCCAGGCUGAGGCAGCAGCUACAGAGUACAGCAUCAGCCCUGGAACACAGCAACCAGAGGGCCUGCAGUCUGGAGACAGAGCACAGGCAUGUGUGUCAGGAGCUGUCUCAAUCCAAGGAGCUCUGUGCUCAAUUGCAAGAUCUGGAGAAGGAGCUCGGUACUCGGCUACGGGGUCUGGAGAAGGAGAGCCAGGAGCUUAAAGAGCUGAACACAAAAGCCCAGAAUAAAAUUAGAUCUCUGACUCAGGAGCUAGCCAAUGAGAAGGUGCAGUCCCAAGAACUGUCCAAUGAGGCUGCACGGCUGAAGCAGGAGUUUGAGAGGGUGGAGGCCGAACUGAAGACAGUUACUGCUGACUUUCUCCUUUCAGAGAAGUGGGAGAGAGAUGCCGCCUCUGCUAAUUUCCCACCAGAAAGCCCUGCUAACAUACAGAAGGCUACAUCCUCAGACAGACUCACACUAGAGCACCCAGAGGCUAAAGAUGCCCAACCAAAGGAGGGCCAUGACCUCUGUAUGACCUCAGAUGCUAGAGUAGAGAAGAUGGACUGGUCUAUGAGUGAACGACUGAUAGACCUGGAGAGAGAGAAUGCAGCGGUGGGCGCGGAGCGGGAGGUGUUGCUAUGCCAGCUGUCUCUGUCCCAGUCAGCCGCUAGCCACCUGAGGGAGCAGAUAGACACCCUGCAUCAUCACUCCAUCAGCCUGCAGGAGACCUGCACCAAGCUGCAGACACUCAACACUCAGCUACAGGUGGAGGAGGCGUCCCUGAGCUUCCAGCAUGCAGCAGCGUUGGCGAGGUGCAGCAAGAGCGAGGCCAGGUGUGCUGCUUUGGAGGCGGAGUCUAAGGUGUGGGCCAGGGAACAUGAGGAGUCAUUGGUCAGGACGGAGGUGCUGAGGAGGGACCAGGAGCGAAUGAUAGCGCUGCAGCAGAGGCAGGAGGCAGAGCUAGAGGAGCUGCUGGAUAGACACUCCCAUCUGAGGAGCAGCAACCGUAACCUGGAGACACAGCACAGGGAUCUGGAGGGAAGGUAUCAGGAGCUCCUGGGCCUCAAAUCCCAGAUGGAGGAGACACAAAGAGAGAUGAAAAUGGAGAGAGAGAAGAUGGAGGGAGAGGUGCAAAAGCAGGAAGAGAGAGGAAGAGAAUUAGAGAAGCUGAAAGAAGAUAAUGAGAGGCUGCAGGGUGUGCAGAGGGAGUGGGCCCAGGUGCAGAGUGAGCUGCUGGCCCAGGGCUCGGUGCUGCGGGGGGAGCUGAGUGCUGCCCAGCUGGAGAGGACCAGGCUGGAGGGAGAGAUCAGCUCUCUGAGGGAGAACAACCAGAGACUGGAGCUCAGCACCGACCGCCUCACCAACCAGUACCAGCUGCUGACCCAGCUGAAGGGGAAUAUGGAGGAGGAGAACCGUCAUCUUUUGGAGCAGAAUCAGAGUCUGACCAAUCAGAACAGAGACCUGAUGGAGCAGAGCCUGGAGCGCAAGGACCAGCACCACUCACAGCAGAGAGAAUACCAGGAGAAGAUGGGCGAGCUGCGUAGAGAGAAACAGAAGCUGGUGGAGAAGAUCAUGGAUCAGUACAGAGUCCUGGACCCCAGCAUGCUAACACCCAGCAAGGCCAAGAAGUCCAACUGGAUAGCAGACAGGAUGAAGAAGCUGAUUAAGCCUAAAGGAGGAGGGAGAGAGGGACGUGCUCCGGUCUACGCUGCUGGCAGUAUAGAGAACCUGGCUGACAGUGCAGACUACCCACCAAACACACAGACUGCUGCUGGGACUGACCCCUGCAGUGCCCCCGUCUCCCCCUCCUCGCUGCGACGUGCCCCCUCCCUGGGUAUCUCUGACCAAACGGAAGGGCUGUGUGGGCUGCCGCUGCGUUCAGGUUCGGGGUACCGUCGAAAGCUCGGCUCCCGUCGAAAGCUGACUUCACAGUCCUUCAGUCCCGGAGACCAGAAGACUUCACCCCUCGAGCGUCUACAAUCUGCAGAUAGAGGUUCCACGGUGAUCUGGGAGGGGCAGAUCAGCCCAAGAGACAAACUCACUCCCAAAACCACACCCAUGGCCUCCACCAGCCAGGAGAAUGUGAUGGAGGAGGAAGGGAGAGCCGUGAGUGGGGACAACAAUGAAGGACAUCUCAACUCAGACCCCUGCUGUCAGUCCAGUAAGGACUAAGAGAGAAUUACUGCCUUUCUGCUUCAACUGGAAAUACCAUGAUCCUUUGCACACAUCCGACCUCUCCGACCUCUCCAUACAGAUCUGAUCUAAGUCCAGAUAGGGACUCAUAUUAAAAGUGUCAAAUUCAAAUGUUUUCUCAGAUUUUUGUAAAAGGUCUCUAAUAAAUACAGUAUUUCUGAUCCAUUUUCCA